UGUACUAUUGAUUCCAUUAGAAUUCUACAUUCAUGAAAACGUACCUUUAAUAACAUACUUAUUCAAAUCAAAAACAUAGUCUAUUUAUGUUGGUAGUAUUGUGUCGCGUCUUAGAAAUCUGUAUGCGAUAAAUGGCGGAAAAUAUCGUCGAGUUUGUUAAAAUUAAGUGAAUAAAAAUAUAUUAGGCGAUAUGCCUGCGCAAGAAGUUGCUGUUAUACAGCCACCGGCGACUGAGAAUGAAGAAAACUCUGCACCUUCAUCUCAGCCGAUUGUGGGCAUCAUUUAUCCUCCACCGGAGGUUAGAAAUAUUGUCGACAAAACUGCAAGUUUUGUGGCUAGAAAUGGACCAGAAUUUGAAUCGAGAAUCAGACAGAAUGAAUUGGGAAAUCCAAAGUUUAAUUUCUUGAAUUUUGGUGAUCCAUACCAUGCAUAUUAUCAGCAUAAAGUGAAAGAAUUUAAGGAAGGUAAAGGUCAAGAACCUACUAUAGGAUCAGGACCUGGGAAAACAGUUAAUCUUGCUGCUCAUCAAAAGCAACAAGAAAUUUUGAAACAAGUUGAACAACCAUUUAUUCCAAGAGAUACACCUGCAGAAUUUGAAUUUAUUGCUGAUCCACCUUCCAUUUCAGCUUUAGACUUGGAUAUUGUAAAAUUAACAGCACAAUUUGUGGCUCGUAAUGGUCGCCAAUUUCUGACCAACUUAAUGAACAGAGAGCAAAGAAACUUUCAGUUUGAUUUUUUACGCCCACAACAUUCUUUGUUUCAAUAUUUUACAAAACUCUUGGAACAAUAUACUAAGGUAUUGAUUCCACCUAAAGAUUUAUUGCCACGGCUACGCGAUGAAGCCGCUAAUAUGGAUAAAAUUUUAGAGCAAGUUAAAUAUCGUGCUGAAUGGCUAAAGUAUCAAGAAGCUCAGAGACGCAAAGAGGAAGAGGAAUUGGAACGUGAAAGGGUUGCUUAUGCACAAAUUGACUGGCAUGACUUCGUUGUAGUUGAAACUGUUGAUUACCAACAGUUUGAAGUUGGUAAUUUCCCGGCGCCGACAACGCCGGAUGAAGUCGGUGCUCGUGUACUCAUGCAGGAAAGAAUAGAAGAAGGCGAGGAUGUAGAAAUGCAGAUCGAUAGUGAAGGAGAGGAUGAGAUGCAAAGUCGUGCAGAAGGCGAAAAAGAUCGUGCAAAAGAUAACAAUCAAGUGCAAGACAUGGAAGAGGAUUCGAGUGAUGAAGAUGAUGUAUCACCUCCGGGCGAUACUCAUAAAUCGAAAGAAUCGAAACCACGUGAUAGUAAUAACAUGCAACCUCCACCUUUGCCACCCACUCCUGGAAACGUUGUAGUAAAGAAGGGAUACGAUCCUAAACAACACGCUAGCAAAACUGCACGUCCUGCUGCUCCUGAUGAGUAUUUGAUAUCUCCGAUCACUGGAGAACGUAUACCCGCAAGCAAAGUUCAAGAACACAUGCGAAUUGGAUUAUUGGAUCCACGUUGGGUGGAACAAAGAGACAAACAUCUCGAUAAGUUGGCUCAAGAGACAGUAUUUGCACCUGGCACGGCGAUUGAAGCAAGCUUGAAACAGCUUGCCGAAAGACGUACCGAUAUUUUCGGUGUCGGUGACGAAGAAACUGCCAUCGGUAAGAAAAUUGGAGAAGAAGAUAAAAAGAAGGACGACAAGGUCACGUGGGAUGGUCACACGUCAAGCGUCGAAGCAGCAACUAGGGCUGCUAGAGCGAAUAUCACUCUGGAAGAACAAAUUCACCAGAUACAUAAAGUUAAAGGACUUCUUCCCGAUGAAGAGAAAGAGAAGAUUGGUCCAAAACCUGCUAAUCGCGCGGCUGAACUAUCGCACAUGGCAGCGGCUGCUUCGAAGCCUCAAGCUACACUAAAGGCACCACCUAAACCACCAGCUCCGAAACCAGUACCUGUGCCAACGCAACCACCACCACCUCCUACCAUGAGCAUGCCCACUAUGGGUAUUCCUCAACCAAUGAUGCCACAAGCACCAAUGAUGAUGAUGGCUCCCAUGCCUCCGAUUCGACCACCACCGUUAAUGACACCAGCAAUGUCACCGUUUAUGCCGACACCACCACCCAUGCAGCCACCAAUGACUUCUGCUAUCGGAUUGAAACAUACUGCUGAACCAAUGGAGGAAGAACCUCAAACUAAGAAACUCCGAACAGAAGAUUCAUUGAUACCAGAACAACAAUUCUUAGCUAGGAAUAAGGGUCCGGUACAGCUGAAUAUUGCUGUACCAAUGAUGACAGAGAAAGCAGAAUGGAAAUUAAAUGGACAAACGUUGAAUAUUACUUUGCAAGUAAGUGAUACUGUGGCGACGAUGAAAGCUCUUAUUCAUGAACAAACUGGCAUGCCUCCUGGCAAACAGAAGUUACAAUACGAGGGAAUGUUCUUUAAAGAUAGCAAUACUCUUGCGUAUUAUAAUUUAACAUCUGGUAAUAUAAUUAAUCUUCUACCAAAGGAGAGAGGUGGCAGGAAAAAGUAAAACAGGAAAGUAUGUAAUUGAUAUUUUGAAACUUUCAUGUUAUUAUGUAAUGAUGAAUUAAUUAUCAAAAAAUUAGAGAGAAAUGUCUAUAUAUUAACAAA